AUGUCUAACAAAUCUCAUCAAAUACCUCGCGUACUAUCAAUUCAAAGUCAUGUUGUUCAUGGUUUUGUUGGUAAUAAAUGUGCUGCCUUUAUUUUACAGCUCUGUGGUUUCGAAGUUGACCUUAUCAAUUCUGUUCAUUUUUCUAAUCAUACCGGAUAUAAAACAGUAAAAGGUAGUCGAUUAAGUGUGGAUGAACUUCGAAAUAUUUUUCAAGGUUUAUUAGCUAAUGAACUUUUAGAAUAUGAAUAUAUUCUUACUGGUUAUAUGGGAUCUGGUGAAUUAUUACAUGUCGUUGUUGAAUAUAUACAACUUAUUAAAUCUAAAUUUCCUCAUGUCAAGUACGUUUGCGAUCCAGUAAUUGGUGAUAAUAAUAAACUUGUACAUAAUCAUUUUAUUCUUCAAUCCAUUUAUUAUUAUUUUUUUUUUGGUCUUGCAUAACUAUUAAUUGAAAAACAAAUGAAUGUCAUUCAUACUGAUAAUCAAGAUGAUAUGAUUUGGCAAUCACUAAGAUCUUUACAUAAUAUGGGUCCAUCACAUAUUAUUAUUUCAAGUAUAUCAGCAGAUAAAAUAGGUGGUAAUCAAAAUAUGUUACAAUUACGAGCUAGUUCAAAACUUGCAGAUAAUCAAUAUCAAACAUUUCGAAUUGAUUUUCCACGUUUAGAAAAUACUUUUACAGGUACAGGUGAUUCAUUCUCUGCUUUAAUUCUUGCAUGGUUUCAUAAAGAAAAUAAUUUAAUAUGUGCCUGUGAAAAAGCUAUUUCUAUCAUUCAUCAAAUUUUAUUAAAAACAAUUGAAUUAUCUAAACCAAUUAGUAUUCAUAAUACAUGUGGCAAUGAAUUAUGUUUAGUUGAAAGUAAAACAAUUAUUGAAUCAGCUGAGACAAUCUUUCAUGCUAUUUUGAAUGAGAAAUGUACCAGUUAA